UCUCUCUUGGUAGCUAACAAUAUCUUUAAACUUGCAACAGGCAGGUGUUUGUUUUUUGGCCAUUUGGGGGCAGUGGAAAUCCUGUGAAGACAACAUAUUAUCACCUCCUAAAUUGAUACACCAAAUUUGUUGUUCUGACGUCAGCAACCUGCAAUUGAACGAAUGAACUAACGAAGGACCGAGCCCCUACCGGAGAUACCGGGAGGCAGUAGAGUUACAGAGCGAGUCCCCGCCGCCCACUCCGGAGGAGCUAAACGGAAGAAGGUGCACUGUGAGCCGCCGUGAGAACAACGUGCUGGAACCAAACGAUGCGAGCGCUGCUCACCGCCGCCCAGUAACGUACACGACCGACGAGUGGAGAAGAAGAGAACCGUUACCGUGAUUUACCGACAGAAAAACAGAAGAGAGACGGAGGACGGACGCACCACCAGCGAGAUAACGCCUGAGAAACAAACAACCGCGGAGGCUACAGUGUUGUUUUCGCGCUGUGGAUCAAACCGAGUGGAUCCUCGAUUUUAAAUGCGUUAACGGUGCCGUGUCCCCGGCUUGAGAGCGAGAGAGAGGGAGCUGCCCCGAGAGCGAAAGAAAGACAGAGGGAUCAUAGAGGGAUCGAAGGCAUAGAUAGCACAGACAAGGAGGAAAUAAACCAAGAAAGAAAAAAAAUAAGGAUUUGCAACCAUCUUUGUUUUUUAUUGCUAUUUCUUCCGUGGAUCCGGUACCGGUAACGCCAUCAAGCUGUGUUCUCUAACCAUGGGAUGUACUCUGAGCGCAGAGGAGAGGGCGGCUCUGGACCGGAGCAAAGCCAUCGAGAAAAACCUCAAGGAGGACGGUCUCACCGCGGCCAAAGAUGUUAAACUGCUGCUGCUCGGGGCUGGAGAGUCAGGGAAAAGCACCAUCGUCAAACAGAUGAAGAUCAUCCACGAGGACGGUUUCUCUGGCGACGACGUAAAGCAGUACAAGCCCGUCGUUUACAGCAACACCAUCCAGUCUCUGGCUGCCAUCGUCCGUGCCAUGGAUACACUGGGCCUGGAGUACGGAGACAAAGAACGGAAGGCGGACGCCAAGAUGGUGUGUGACGUGGUCAGUCGCAUGGAGGACACGGAGCCUUACUCCGCCGAGCUGCUGUCCGCCAUGAUGCGUCUGUGGUCCGAUUCAGGCAUCCAGGAGUGCUUCAGCCGUGCCCGAGAGUACCAGCUCAACGACUCAGCGCAGUACUACCUAGACAGCCUAGAUCGGAUUGGUGCGGCAGACUACCAGCCGACAGAGCAGGACAUUCUGAGGACCCGAGUGAAGACCACGGGUAUCGUCGAGACACACUUCACCUUCAAAAACCUCCACUUCAGGCUGUUUGAUGUGGGAGGUCAGAGGUCGGAGAGGAAGAAGUGGAUCCACUGUUUCGAGGAUGUCACAGCCAUCAUUUUCUGCGUGGCGCUCAGCGGAUAUGACCAGGUGCUGCACGAGGACGAGACCACGAACCGCAUGCACGAGUCACUGAAGCUCUUUGACUCCAUCUGUAACAACAAGUGGUUUAAGGACACCUCCAUCAUCCUCUUCCUCAACAAGAUGGACCUCUUUGAAAGCAAGAUCAGCAAGUCGCCACUGUCCAUCUGCUUCCCUGAAUAUACCGGCCCAAACACUUACUUGGAGGGAAUAGCCUACAUUAAGUCUCAGUACGAGAGCAAGAACAAGUCCCCCAACAAAGAAGUCUACUCCCAUUCGACCUGCGCCACAGACACCAACAACAUCCAGUUUGUGUUCGAUGCUGUCACUGAUGUCAUCAUAGCAAAUAACCUGCGGGGGUGUGGCCUGUACUGAUAAUGCUGUUAAAUGUUAGCCAAUAGAUGAAAGGUGUUUAUUUACCGACAUGGUAUGGCCCAUGUCUGUGAUGUCAUCAUACGAUAGCCAGUCGAAUGUGGGCUCCGCACUUGCAAUGUCAUCAUACAGGCUGGCUGUUAGUCCAACUUGACUCGUAAUUAAUGAAUUCAUUGGUUGAUUGGUUGGUUGGUUGAGACUUCUUUGAAUCCUUUUUGUCUUUUUCACUUCCUCCUGUCUAAAGAAGAAUCAGCAGCACGUCGCGGUAACACUGUACUUUGUGUGUGCCUGAACUUCAAUCUGUUGCUGCAGAAAUUAUGCACAGUAUCUACAAUGUUGCCUUUAUUCUCCUCCUGAAAAGUCAACUCUUCAGGGAUAUAAGGUUCCUAUAUAAGAUUUAAAUGUACAUACAGUAGUGCCUUACUCAUAGAACUAGUGGAGACUCACUCUUCUACCUGGUAGUGUUUCUAAUUUUUUUUUUUUUUUUAAUUUAAUUUUAGUCGUCACUCUUUUUACGCCUUACAGUAGAUGAAUGCCUCAGUCACAUGAAGUGCUGAUGUAAAAAUAACUAAAAAUAGUUGAAUCAGGGUCAAGUUGAAUUCACUCCGUUUAGGUCAAACAGAUGUUUUCUUCAGAUUUAAUUAUGUUAUUAUGUUUGAGACAUUAAACAUGUUGACAAGAUUAUGUCUUGUACUGCCAAGAAGAAUUUGAAAGAAAAUGUGAAAUCAUAAGCAAAAGAACAGCAUUUCUGUGAUUUAAAUAGGACAUGUAAUGGGGCAGUCUAGUAGUUAAUGAGCAAACCAUAUAACUGCAACGUCCCCAAUUUAAUUUGGGCCAAGUACCUUUAUUGCAUCCCCCUCCUCCCCCACCACCUCCACCCUUCUCUCUCUCUACCCAUGUUUCAGCGAAAUAGCUUUUGCACACACAUCCUUCAUUACUUUGUAUAUGUUUUGUUAUUGAUUUUGUUUUGUUUUCUGAUGACUGUCCUGCUCUGAUGUAUGCACAGUGACUGUUGCACUUACCCAUGACCUUUUAACUGUGUGGCUUCCAAAUCACUAAUAUUAAAUACAUUCAUCGAUAAGACAUUAUGAACUAAAUCAUCAUAAAUAAAUACAGAAAAAAUAGAAUAAUUUUGAAAUGAUUCAAUAAACUCAUUAUUUUUGAAAUGCGUAUUAUUUUCUCAGUAACAGAAUUAGUUAGGGAGUUAAUAUUCAUAUGGUAGCAGCUGGUGAGUUUGCUAAGAGGCGGGCAUCAUGUGAUUGGUUGAUGAAUGAGGACAGAGAAUCAUAAUGUAAUUUUAAGUAAUUUGACAUUUUAUCAGUUUGUGUAUUUUUUCAGUAUUUAUUCACAUGAUUGUUUAGUUCAUAAUGUCUUUAUUCAUUUAAUAUUGGUGGUUUGAGGCCCAUGUUAAACAGCAUGAUGCCUUGCUAAACAUAAUGAUUCAACAACUAGUUAAUAAAAAGGACCAGCUAAUAAACUAGUUAGAGAAACAAAAAACAGCCUCGUGUCAGCUUCAAUACAGCAAAGCCUCGCUCAUUUAAAACCUGGUAAUCCCAAUUAUGAAACAUGACUGUUGUCCCAUAUUCUUCAGUUUCACAUUUCACUGAACAUUUUACUGAAUUUUGAUUGUAUGAAUUCAGAUUUAAAAUCUGCAGUAAGUCCAACUUAAAGCUCCUCUGUGUAGGAGUAGAACAUUAUUUUUGCUCUCCUAGUUGUAGUAUCACUAGGUGUGUUUCCAUCCACCUGUUUUGUUUUUUUAAUUUGUGCAUUAAAAAAAAAAAAAACCUCCCUGAAAAAAAAUCUCAAAAUAUCACAAAAAAGUUUUUACACUUGGUUGAAGUGGAAAAGAUGUCGAAUCAAUAAAAGCAGCAAAAUGCGAUAAAGUGCGAUGGAAACAGAUUUAGCGAAUAAAUCAUGACGUACUUGAAACGUGUGACUUAAAUUUCCACUUACAUUCUCCGCAAACAUCAAAUCUGUGUGAAGCAAUAAGGAGACUGUAAUGCUCCCCGAAUUAAUACAUCAAACAAAUAUUUCAUAUUUCCAUCAUGUUUUCCAUAAUUCCGUAAUUUCCAUAAUGUCAUCUUGUUGCGCCCUCUUCUCCUGAUGAUGAUGAAAUGGUUUAAUGGCCACCAGCUGUGUAUUUUGAUGAACCAACUCCAAAUAUUUGCAUAAGUAGUUGAUGGAAAUGUAUUAAUUGGAAAUUUCUCUUGCAGAUACUCUAGAAAUUCAGAUAGUAUUUGUGCUAAAUUGGAUGGAAACCGAGCUGCUGUAGCAACCAGCCGCUAUGAAUAAAUUGACUCAAGGCAACACGUAGGUUACGUCUAUUUUCACCAGGAUUGUUUCAUUUUUCAUCAAAUAUGCCCUCAGAAUGAAUUGAAAGAUGCUUUAAUUACCCAUAGCUCCACAGAUACGUACUUAAGAAGAUGAUAAAUUUAUAUGGAAAAGUAAUUAGUAGAAAUGUUUGAUGUCAUUUAACACCAUUAAGUGUAGUUGUGGUCAUUAGCAGUUCAGUCAUUUAGUUUAAUACUGUACAGCAUCAGUCUCGGUUUGCGCAAUGGUUCCUUUCAUGGUUUCUCUGGAAACUACCCAGCAGGCCUUCAUACAGCAGAACUAAGAUAUGCUUGUUUCCAUGUUGCAUAGAAAUAGUUUCAUUUGUGUCAUUAUUGCAAAGCCUCAGUGCAUAUUCAUGUUAGCCUAACCUUUUAGCCUCGGGGGAAGUAUUGGUUAUUUUUGUUCUAAUAGAAAAAUGUAAUUGAAAUUGUACUUUGGAUGGAAUUUAAAUGUAUAGUUAGCGUGGAGUUUGCUCUUAAUGCUAGAAGGGCGCUGCCAUCGUCUUUCAUCCCUGCAGAAGUCACCUCUAGUCUUAUUUUUGGAUUGAUUUUCCAGGCUCUCAUGUUGCAGCACGCAUGGGUUCACUAUAAAAUCACUUUACACGAAAAAGCUACAAGAGUUAGUGUGCUGACUCAACCAGACAAUUCCCAGAUAAUGCUUCAAUGGAAACAUUGAUUUUUUAUGGGGCCCUGGAGCCGCAUCCAUUGUAAUAUCUCAAUUGUCCACCGUUCUGCCUUCACAAGGCAGAGGUGAGCUUUGAAAGAUUGUACGGUGGUGAGAACAUACGGUCCUCUGGGAUUAAAAUGUCAACCUUGUGGCUAUUGUUUUAGCCCCGAUGUUUUUCCUUUCUGCUGAGUGAGUACCACUUCCUGGUUUUUUUUGGUAGACGUCCCAGAGCUGCCGUAGGAUUGAGUUUCAAUGUACUGCACAGUUUAGCUGAAAUGAAAAGUGAUGUGUGAAAUUCGUGGGACCAGUUCAAACUUCAGCCUUAACGUUUAGAGUUUAUUGCUAGGAAAAAUACUGUAUUAUUAGCUUUAUAAGGAACAGUUUACAGCAUCACUUACAAACUGAGCUUUGUUUCUCUGGGACUUCAGUUGAAUUGCUGGAGCUGAGUGUGUUUACAGCUCUACUGGUAUGAGCUCUCCCAGAGGUAGACAGCUUCUUUAUUUAUUUAUGAGCAGGGCAUCUGCUUUAUUCCACUCUUCCCUCCAAACUCAAACAGGACAGGCGUUUCUCCACCCUCUGCUCAAAGCUUCUUUUUUUUUUUUCUUUUUUUUUAACAGGUAGAUGACGUCUUCAGCUACCACAUCUGUGCCAACUUUUCCUAAUUAGAGACAGAGAGCUGCCUUAGGUUGUUGAUCAGCCUGUUUUGUGUGUGUGUGUGUGUGUGUGUGUGUGUGUGUGUG